GUUUUGGGAUGACUGGAUGCGUCAUCCAGAGCAGAGGAAGGGCAGAGAGUGUAUACGUCCGGAGAUCUGCCGAACCAGCACCUUCGGCAAGAAAGGAGUUAGCAAGGGUUUAUUUUAUGAGAAACAUCUAAAGUUUAUCAAGCUGAACACGGACUACGUGCCCUUCAGCAAGAUAGACCUGUCCUACUUGGAGAAGCCCCAGUACGACGAGAUGUUUGCCAAAAAGAUUUACAGCGCCCCCUUGCUGACGGCAGCGGAGGUUACCAAGGGCGACCGGCCCAACGAGACAGUGGUGCGCGUAGAGUACACCAACAAAGACAGCUUUAAGAAACUUGCCAAAGCCCUCGGCAUUAUGGAUGAUUUUAAGGCGGGCGUGCCUCGAGCGGCCUACCGAGGUGUGGUCAGCUUUGUGCUGAAGGGCCGGAGGGUGUUCUUGGCUCCGCCCUCCACCUGGACGGGAUACGACACCAGCUGGAGCUGACAGGCCAGGGGGCGGAGCCUCGGGGGGGAGGGGGCGGGGCUUGUGGCAAUCGGAGGGCGGGCCGCCAUUCACUCGUUGCUGCUGCUGCUGCUGCCACUGUGGUCAAAUGUGUUAUUAUUAUUAUUAACAAAAUUCUUGUUGCUGUUAUUACUUGUGUUAUGUUUAUCAAAAGUACAAUUAUUGCUGGUGUUGUUAUUACUACUGUUUUCACCGUCAUUUAUAUUAUUUUUAUUAUUGUCAUCGUCAUUAUUACUAUUAUUAUUAUUAUUAUUAUCAUCAUUGUGGGAAAUACGAACUUUUCUUCGACGAGAUAGCAACGAAAAGUCUACGAUUUUUGCAGCACUCUGCGAGGUAGUCAGCGUGGAGAGAGAAAUGUGGUGUGUUGUAGGCAUCUGCGUGCUGGGGUGAUUAUUGAGGGGUGUGUGUGGGUUUGGUUGUUUUUGUGUGUGUAUGUGUUGUUUGUUUGUGUGUUUGGGAUUUUUUUGUGGGUGAAAAAAA